AUGCCCAUGUCCCUUCCUCGAGCAUUAGGGCCUGUACGGCUGCUCAUUGUCUUCGUCGUCCUGCUCUCCCUGUUCCUCUUCCGAUCCUACUAUCUCCCCAGCCCUGACCCAGAGGGCGAGUAUGGCCUGUCUUCUCCUGCAUCUUUCUGGAAAGGCUCCAGCUCCACCUCCGCCGCUGUCGAAGAUGUAACCGACGUCGACCUGGAAGACGGUUACUACGAGGUCGAUGAAGACCCCGAUCCAGUUCCACAGGUUGAAGACCAUGCGGAAGCGGACACUGGCCAUGAACCCGAGUCCGAACCCGAGUCCGAACCCGAGUCUGAACCUGACCUCGACCCUGACCUCGACCCUGAAAUCGAUCCUGAGCCUGAACCUGAGCCCGAAGUCGAAUCCCCGUCAACGAGCCCUCUCGAACCUGCCCCCGUUUCUUCUCCUCCCCCGUACGUAUCUGACUCUCGCAUACCACCAUGCCGCCGGCUUCCAGGCGCAGACAAAGUCGUGGUCAUGGUCAAGACGGGUGCUACGGAAGUUUUCGCGCGCGUCCCUGAACAACUCGUCACCUUGGCUCAGUGCGUCCCUAAUUUCAUGGUCUUCUCCGACAUGGAGCAACAAGUGGGAGAGUUCCAGAUUCAAGACGCCUUGGAUGGGAUCGGACAAGAGUACAAAGAGAAUCACGAUGACUUUCGGUUCUAUAAUGAAAUCCACGCCGCUCAUGUUGCGCAUGGUGAUGUGAGUGUGCUUGGAUCCGACAGGGCCUGGGCUCUGGAUAAAUGGAAGAACAUUCCCAUGCUCCACAAGGCUUACGUGGAGUAUCCGGACGCGGAAUGGUUUGUCACAAUCGAUGCCGACACUUAUCUCAGCUGGGCCAACCUCCUCCUUCUCCUCGACCGCAUGGAUCCGGACGAACCGUUGUAUGCAGGCUGCGUUUAUUGGCAUGGCCCUACUGCCUUUGCCCAAGGUGGCACUGGCUAUCUGUUAUCUCGCAAUGCGGUGCAGAGAUUUGAAGAGAUCCGGACACCUGAAAAGAUCGCCGAUUGGGAGAAAGAGACUUCCACGAUCUGCUGCGGGGAUGUCAUGCUAGGAGUUGCGAUGAGCCAAGCGGGAGUCAGCGUCAGCGGUGCCUGGCCGAUGUUUCAGGUGGAUCCGCCAUCUGGCUUCGUCUGGUCUGAUACUGUGUGGUGCACCCCGGCCAUCACCUGGCACCAUGUGCACUCGUACGAGGUUGAAGGGCUUUGGCAGUUUGAGAAAGAAUGGAUAAACAAGACCUGGGACGAUGAAGACCCCGGCGCAGUCCCCUACUUGUACAAGGACGUCUUUGAAGAUUUCAUCAGGCCGCACAUCACCGAACAAAAGAAGGACUGGAACAAUCUCUCUGGAGACAAAACGUUUACGCAACCUAGUGAGGGCCACGUCAAGGAAGACAACGACUGGGACUGGAAAAAUGAUGAAGAGAAGCAACAGAUAUGGGACGAUCUUUCCGAGCUCGAGAAGAAAUCCAUCGAGUCCAUCGAAGACUGCCGCUCGGUUUGUGAGAAGGAUGUGCAAUGUAUGCAGUUUGCCUGGCAUCCCGGCACCUGCAAACUGAGCCAUUCCAUCAAAAUGGGUCGGCCGGUCGACUCGAAAGAAGAGUACACCUCUGGGUGGAUGAUCGACAGAGUCGAAAAAUUCAGCUCAGUCAGAUCAGAGUGUGGCGAGGUAUCAUGGAAAGUGGGCUGA